AUGGUGUGUCCUGAGCAACUCCCACCGAGCGGCAUUCGGGUCAUCAUCGUUGGUGCUGGUAUUGGUGGCUUGGCAUGCGCCAUCGAAUGCAAGAACAAGGGGCACAACGUCGUCGUGCUCGAGAAGUUCCCCAAGCUCGAGAUCUUAGGCGAUAUCAUCUCUUUCGGUCCGAACGCAGGACGUAUUAUCGAGCGCUGGGGAAAUGGCGUCGUCGCUGAUCGUCUGCGCCCGGUCACGCUCAUCCACACCGGCUCGCGCUGGAAGCGCUAUGACGGCGUGGAUAUCACGACGAUGCCGACGUAUGGGCUCAAGUUUGGCAGUCCCGCGUACAACGGCCAUCGGGGUGAGUUUCACGAGAUCUUCUUCAACUUUGCGACGGAGAUCGGGGUGGAGAUCCGGCUUGGGCAGAGGGUGGACGAGUACUGGGAGGAAGAGGACAAGGGGGGCGUUAUCGUUAAUGGGCAGAGGAUGGAGGCGGACCUCGUGGUUGGCGCCGAUGGCGUGAGGAGCAAGGCGAGGAAGCUUGUGCUUGGGUAUGAGGACAAACCGCGUUCGUCGGGAUAUGCAGUGUGGAGAACGUGGUUCACCAGCGAAGAACUUGCGAAAGAUCCGCUCACGGCAUGGAUGACGAAGGAUAACACGCAUACAGGGUGGUUUGGGCCUGAUGUACACUUUCUUGCUGCCUCGCUAAAGGGAGGAAAGGAUAUCUCUUGGGUGUGCACACAUGAGGACAAAGCGGAUAUCGAGGAAUCAUGGUCUUUCCCAGGGAAAAUAGAAGAUGUUCUCAAGGUGGUAGGGGACUGGGAUCCGGUCGUGCAGACGCUAGUGAAGAAAACGCCGCCCGAGAAACUUGUAGACUGGAAGCUGGUUUAUCGGGAUCCUCUCCCUACUUGGAUAUCAAAAGGAGGGAGAACGUGUCUCCUCGGCGAUGCUGCACACCCUUUCCUGCCCACCUCAAUCCAAGGUGCCUCUCAAGCCAUGGAGGACGGUGUCGUUCUCGCCGCUUGCCUGCAUGCCGCUGGUAAGGACCGCAUUCCUUUAGCGGUAAGGUGCUACGAGCGCAUCCGAUAUGAACGCUGCCGGCGUGCACAGCGUCUAGGAGAAACGAAUCGUGACACCUGGCAUAAAGCGGACUAUACUAAGGUGCUGGAGAAAGAUCGUGCGGAGGGGAUGAAGCUGCCUACACCUCCCUGGUUGUUCUCGCAUGAUGCAGAGACGAACGCAUACCAGAUUUUCCCUGAGGUGUCGAAGAAUAUCCUAGAGGGGAAGUAUGGAUUUCAAGAAAUUGGGUAUCAGACCGGGAUAUGCGAAAGGAAAGUUGAUCCGGUUAGUAGGGGCGUGUGA